AUGUCGGUCAUCUACAAGAGGAGCGAGCGCGACCGCGAGUGGGACACCACGUCCACGCGCACCGGUGCCACUGGCUACACCACGGUGCGGCGCUACAAGGUGCCCGACCACAGCCUCGAGGAAGACACGUACGAGACCGAGAUGCGCAUGGUCCACCGUGGGCGCGACGACUUCGACGACCGUCGCUCCGUCAAGGACUAUCAUAUCGAGCGCCAUGAAGCGCCCGCUCCCCAACGAGAAGUGAGACACUACCACUACGCCGAGCGUGAGCGCGAAGUUUCGCCCGUUCGUUCCGAGUAUCGCAUCCAGCGCGAAUACGAGCGCUCCCCCUCACCAGCGCGCACCGAGAUCCGCAUCUCCCGGGACUACGACCGCGAGCGCGAGAUCUUUCCACGGGAGCAGCCCUAUGAGUUGGAGAAGUACUCGAGGUCUACUGAGUAUUUCCGCCCCGAGCCGCUGCCCCAACCCCCACCACCCCAGCCCCAGUCCAUCUACAUCCGCAAUGAGGCCCCCCAGCCCCAGCAGAUGCCACCCAUGCAGAUGCAGAUGCAGCCUAUUAUUAUCCGGGAGGAAGCCCCUCAGCCCAUCAUCAUCCGCGAGCGCGUCCAAGAGCCAUCCUAUGAGCUUGUUGAACGUACUGAAGAAGACAGACAGGUUGCUCGUCCGCAGCGCCACGAGGAAGAUUACUACUACGAGCGCAGAGUGAAGGAGAUCGAUCGCGGCGGUCGCUACGAUGAGCGAUACGCCGACGAGCGUGAAUACGACCACCGGUGGGGAGAUAAGAACUACUACAGCGACGACGACAUUUAUAUCCACAAGGAGAAGGAUACCUGGGGUGGAAGCGAGACCCGCACCAAGCGUGAUGUUGCUGCAGGCGCUCUUGCAGGAGUUGCUGCAGGACAAAUCAUCAGGCAUCACCGCAAGAGAAAGGGUGAAGCCGCUGGAGGCAACAUAGGAAAUGCCCUUGGCUACGGCACGCUUGGUGCCGUGAGUGCUGUGGCUCUCGAUAGAUUUAACAACCGUGACAGAUCCCGGUCUGUUUCUUCUGAUCGUGGCAGAGGCAGCCGCCGUGCCAAAUCUCGCCACCGCAGCAAGUCGAGGGUGAAGGAGCUGGGCACGCUUGCCGCACUUGCCGGUGUUGGGGCUCUCGCCUACGCUGCCGGGCAGAGGAACAAGAACAAGGUGGUCAAAGAGGAGACGGUUACGGUCAUAGAAGAUCGGCACCGAAGCAGGUCACGUCAUGGAGGCAGAUCGCGUUCUAGGAAGAGCCGAAGAAGAUCCAGGUCCGCCUCAGUGGCUGAUGACAGGGGUAGGUCUCGUAGCACGAGCAAACACCUAGACCCUGAGCAUCGCAACAACAGAGCAGCGCAAGUUGGCCUCGCCUCUGCUGCUGUAGCCGGUCUUGCGGCACGCAGCCGUAGCAAGUCUCGAAAGCGCAAGGGCAAGCGCUCACCUAGCCGGAUCCGACAGGGUGUACCAAUCGCUGCCGCUGGCGUUGCCGGCGCAGCUGUCACUGGACUUUAUGAGAAACGCAAGGCUAAGAAGGAGGCUAGGGCGGCAUCGCGGUCCAAGUCGAGGUCGCGCUCAAGGUCCAGGUCAGUCCUCUCCCGCCUUACCGGACGCAACCGCAGCAGACGUGGAAGUACAGUGAGUGAACCUGUUUUAGUAGAGUACGGCGAUGAUCCGGUGUACACCGAUCGUGCCAGUAGUCGCAGUCGAAGCCGGGACCGCAGCCGCGCGCACCGUAGACGGCGAGGAAGCUCUUCUUCCUCUGGUGGUCGACGUGGAAGCCGGAGCCGGAGCCGCAGCAAGAGUCGAUCACGAAAGGUCGCGGAGACGGCGGCGGUUGCCGGUGUAGCUGGUCUGGCUGCCCAUGAAGCAGCGAAGCGGCGCGACCGUAAGAAGGCCGAAAAGGAAGCCGAACGACGACGCGAGGAGGAUUCAGCCUACUCCACAGGCACCUACAGCCCCUACGAUAGUCCCACUCCCACCACUGUGUCCACUGCCUCCACUGCUCAUCCUAACGACUCUCGGUACUUCCCUGAGACGAACUACUUUCCCCCUCCCCCUAGUGCUCCAGUAGACCCCAACCCCAACCUCAACUUCAAUCCCAACACCAACAAUCCUUAUCCUCCGUAUAACCCAGCAGACUUCCCUCCGCCUCCCCAGAGCGCAUACGAGCCAAACCAUCCCUCACAUUUCGUCAACCCACCACACGACGACUUGCAUCUCGGCAACCCAUAUGCACCCCAGCACCAGCAACAACACGAACCCUAUUACGGCCAGCCACGACGUGGGGGUGACAAUGUGAGUGCUCCAGUCCCUGAUGGCGGUAAAGAGCACCAUAACUUUGCGUCUUCACACCAGGGCCCGUAG